AUGCCAUUCAAAUUUAAGCAUCUUGUCCAACUUCUCAAAGAACUCGAUACAGCCCGCAAACAAGCACAGUCUUCGUCAACAUGUCCCGCUAGGAGCGUGCACGAACUCGUCAUCCAAUGGUUCAGGGGCUAUGACUCCGAAAUUCUCCGACAUGGACCCUCCGCUGUGGCAUUCCUGUGCUGCUUGCUCCUGGAUCGAGUGCCACACCUGGUUUAUGGUCUGCAGGAAAAAUCGUUGGCCGGUGUAUUGUGCAAGGCACUGUUCAUUGAGAACACGACCCGUGGCCGCCAAUUACAUGCGUGGGAGGCGACAGGUCUCGACCUUGCAACCUGCCUUGAGAAACAUGUCAUGGCCCUGGCGGAGAAUGAUUCACCAGCUAGCCACCGAGAGGUGACACUGGAAGAGAUUCAUGAUGUUUUGUGGCAACUUGCUGCAAAUUCCAGGUUCGCUUCCGGCGAGAUGAAAAGGCAUAGGAAUGGAGUUAGGUCCGAGGCCCUACUCCGUCCCAUUCUGUCGCGGCUGCACAGCGGGGAAGCCAAAUGGCUUGUGCGGAUGAUCCUGAAAUCCUAUGAUCCCGUCCAGAUUCCAGAACACCUGGUGCUGGGAUGUUUCCAUUUCUUGCUGCCCGAUGUCCUCCCCUUUCAGAAUUCUCUUGAAGAAGCGAUCAAAGUCCUAGAGAAACCCGAGUUGAUCUCCAUUCCUCACCAUCCACCAGCUGCUCUGCAACGAGGAUAUCGACAAGAAUGUGCCCGGCACUUGACACCCAAGCUUGGUGUAAUGAUCAAGCGGCAAGAGUAUUUCAAGGCACGAAGUAUUAGGCACUGCUGUCAGAUGGCGGAUACAAGAACCAUGAGCGUCGAGCGAAAGUAUGACGGUUGGUACUGCCAGGUCCAUAUCGACAAGUCAAAAGGCAGAGAUUGUAUACAGCUCUUCUCCAAACGUGGUAAAGACUCAACCAAACCAUGGGUCCGGCUUCACGGAGCACUCGAGGCUGGUCUGCGUCUGAGUGAACCAGACUGUGCUAUCACUCAGAACUGCAUAAUUGAAGGCGAAAUGUUGGUUUGGAGCCGUUCGCGAAAAGCCAUCUUACCAUUCGAGAAGAUCCGAAAAUAUAUCACAUAUUAUGGCAGAGCUAUAGGUGCAGCUGCCGAUUCACCAAGAUCGUCUGACGAACAAUUGAUGGUCAUAUUCUAUGACUGCCUGUGGCAUGACAAUCACAACUUGGUCGAUGAGCCUCAUCAUAAACGAAGACAGCGACUGGAACGGAUUGUCAGCGUCACUGAAGGCGUCGCUGAGCUUGGUGACCGCCAGGAGAUCAGGUUCGGUACGGCAAGUGCUAAAGAGGAACUCCAAAGAUUCUUCGGCUAUGCCAUUGAACAAAGAUGGGAAGGAUUCGUGUUGAAAGGCCGCACCGAUCCCUAUUUCUCCACCAGCUGUCACACCAGUGCGAUAAAGCUUAAGAAGGACUAUAUCAAGGGACUAGGAGAUGCGGCUGAUCUUUGCAUUGUUGGCGGCCGCAGAGACGCGGCGGAAGCAGAGAAGUACGGCGGGUCUCCAAAUUGGACGUCGUUCCAUGUCGCCUGUCUCAGGAAUAAGGAAGCCGUUCAAACAUUCGGAACCGAGCCACAAUUUCUGAUCCUGGACAUUCUGACUCGUCAGACCAUGUCCGAAGACACAUUCCGAGAACUGAAUCAACGAGGCUUGGCCUUCUACUUGCCCAUUUCUGAGUUGACCGAGCAGAUGAAUGUCAAAAUCGACCAGCCGGCUAUUCGGCGUCAGCCUCCCACCGUUCUAUUUACGAAGCCAUUUGUUGUCGAAGUCACCGGUGCAGCCUUUACCAAGCCUUCGGACGUUGCUUAUUACACUCUGCGGUUUCCUCGCGAUGUCAGGCUUCAAUUUGGUCGUCCUCUAACCGAGACUCAUAGCUUUGAGGAGCUGCAGGAGAUGGCAAAGGAGAGCCUCACUCCUGCAGUGCCUGAGGAGCAGGAAGAAGUCGAUUGGAUCGAGCGUUUGAUCAAAGCCGACGGAAACCGCCACCAGUGUACUGACCUCCAUGUCGGAGGUACACCAAGUCCCUCUCGCGAGCCGACCCCCAGCAUGAGCUUACGUAUGUCGUCUCCUUUAGCAGCAAGCCGAACCGAGCCUGAAAACAUAUACCCAGCUCAAUCAUCUCCAGGCAAUCGAGGCGGUACUGGCAAGUAUGGUGAGCACCUGAAUCCAAAGGUUGCCAGUACCAUUCAAUCGUCUCCUCUUCAAUUGGUGGCGAAUCGAUCCAUAGCACUGUCAAUGGCAAUUCACCAUGCCUCUGGUCUUCAAUUGAGUACUAAGCGUAAAUAUGAGGAUUCCGACCUGCCAACAGCGACCGCCAAGCGACCGCGGAAGGAUACUACAAACAGACUUCUUAUUCCUUUGAGGUACUGCCUUCGAAGCGAGACCGGUUCUGUUCAUCCCUAUGAGCCGCCAGCUGUAUUUCGAUCGCCAAUGGAAGUGACAGACCAGAAUUGUUCCAACUCUACCGAACGACAACCUCUUAGUGAAUUGAAGAACGUCCGUGCAGUUCGUGAGUUAGAGAAGCACGGUGCCACUCUAGCUGAUUUUGUUGAUCACCAUGAAGUGGAAAAUGGAAGAACCGUCCGAAAGCACGUGGGAAAAAGAGGUUCCGCAACUCAUCCAGACAACCAAUCCCUGGCCAAGCCACCUCGCAGCUUGGACGAUAUCAUUCUGACCAUUAUGUCUGCUUCCACGCUUUCGCUACAGGAUGUCCAGUCCGUGAAUAAGGUGACGAUGGUCCUCGUUCAGUUUGUCGAUAAGCCGUACUCGAGAGUGGUUCGCAAUGCCAUAUACGAGAUCAUCAAUGCAGUGCUAAAAGAGUACCGGACACAGCGCAAUGCCGAAAAGCAAUGGCGGAUUCAACGCUGUGGCGAGGAUCCAGAACCUGAAUCGCAACCCCAGCAGCAGCGAAGAAUCAUCUUCUUCUAUAAUGUAAAGAUCCGGUCCUGUUUCUCAGUCUCUGGUUCUGAUCUCCUCCAAGGGGCAGGCGAAUUAUUGCGAAAGCAGGAAGUCAAGAAAUAUUUCGCGGGAGGCAUGCUCAUAACUAUUGAUCAGGACAGGGACGAAGUUGUUUCCAGGGCUACUUGGCAUUGGCGCGAGUCUGUUCGGCUUUUGGAUGAGUUACAGUCGUGA